GUCAGAGUCUGCAUGAGGCUCCAGCAGACUCUAAUCGGUACCCGCCGCCUGCACAGCAACCCGGGUUCUGUGCGCCGGAUUGGACACCCUAGCUCCAAAUAGGAGAGGGCGCACGAGUUUGCAUUGCUGUGACUUCUAGGGUACCUCGGGAUCGUUCCCAAGCGCUUUUUCUGAGACAAGCAUCUUGCGGCCCUGGCAGCCCAGCCCUCCCCGGGUCACAGGCCACAAUAAUCAACCCCCAAGUUGGCGAUGGGCCCCGCAGGGGGCGCGGCGAGGUCCGGACGCUUCUUCGGCGUCUACCUGCUCUAUUGUCUGAACCCUCGGCACCGGGGCCGCGUCUACGUGGGGUUCACCGUCAAUCCUGCUCGUCGGGUGCAGCAGCACAACGGGGGCCGCAAAAAAGGCGGGGCCUGGCGGACCAGUGGGCGCGGGCCGUGGGAGAUGGUGCUCAUCGUACACGGCUUCCCCUCUGCAGUGGCUGCUCUUAGGUUCGAGUGGGCCUGGCAGCACCCACAAGCCUCGCGCCGCUUGACGCACGUCGGUCGGCGCCUGCGCGGAGAGGCCACCUUCGCCUUCCACUUGCGCGUCCUGGCUCACAUGCUGCGCGCGCCGCCCUGGGCGCGCCUCCCGCUCACCCUGCGCUGGCUGCGCGUUGACUUCCGCCAGGACCUCUGCCCACCGCCGCCACCUCACAUGCCACUGGCCUUCGGGCCUCCACCGCCCCGGGCCCCAGCCCUGAGGAGCCAGGCAGGUCCUUCCGACGACACGGGAUGCGAGCUGGAGCUAGACGUCGACGCCCGCUGCACCCUCUGCGCACGUGCGCUCCAGGAUGAAGAGAGCCCCCUGUGUUGCCCGCACCCUGGCUGCUCCCUAAGGGCCCAUGUGAUCUGCCUGGCAGAGGAGUUCCUGCAGGAGGAACCAGGGCAGCUUCUGCCUCUAGAGGGCGCAUGCCCUGGUUGUAAGAACUCACUGCUGUGGGGAGACCUGAUCUGGCUGUGCCGGAUGGGCACCGAGGAGGACGAGGAGGACUCGGAAUUAGAAGAGGAGCACUGGACCGACAUGCUUGAGACCUGAUUCUCAGUAUCCUCAGCUUCCACCCACUCCUUUUCUUUGCCACCCUCUGUGGCUCUGGCCAGUUUUUACUUGAAUACAAUAAAAAAUCUGAGUUCAGG